CGUCAACAACAGAAACACCCAACUUGACUGUUUUCAUCAAUGCUUUACACGUGUCACAUUGCUGAAUGGGUUGGACACCAUCCCCACCUUUUUUGGGCUGGGAUUGAAGAAAAUCCAGCAAAGUUAAGAGUCCAUACAAACCAAAACCUACAAUACAAAAUUUCAAACCCUAACUGCCCGCAAACUCUCUCACUCUCUCUCUCCUGAAAGAUGGCCUCCGCAUGUGUAAACAACAUUGGAGUUUCGCCGGAGAACUUCCCGCCGGCGCCUAAGUACUCCUCUUACGGUUGGCUGAGUCCCAGAAUCUCCUUCAGCCGCGAAGAGGAUUCGUCCAAGAGCAAACCGGGUUCGGAUCCUUGUUCUGGUUCUGAUCCGACUGAGCUGUCUGAUCCCGGUGAUUUUGAGUUCUGUCUCGGCGACGAUCCUGUUGCUAUGCUUCCGGCCGACGAGCUUUUCGCCGACGGUAAGUUAAUGCCGCUUCAACUGUCCUCGACACUCACUGGGACAACCAACAUUUCCUCUUAUAAGUCUUCACUGCCGGAGAUCAGGUCGCCUGAGACGGUAAAGUCUAUAUCCGUUACUGAUCCUUACUUAUUCUCUCCUAAAGCUCCGAGAUGCUCCAGUAGGUGGAGGGACCUUCUCGGUUUGAAGAAGCUGUACCAGAACCAAACACAGAGCACCAAAGCCGAAUCGCAGAAAACGGCGGGGAUUUUGUCUUCCAAUACGAACGCAAACUCCUCAACCGCCAAAUCACUGAAGCUUCUCCUACACAAAAGCUCGAAAUCCACUUCAAAUGUUCAUAUGUCAGCAUCAUUGGAUGCUUCACUGAGUCUGCCAUUGUUGAAGGACACCGAUUCCGAGUCCGUCUCCAUCUCCUCCUCUCGCUUAUCUCUCUCCUCGUCCUCCUCAAGCCACGACCACGACGAUCUCCCUCGUCUUUCUCUUGAUUCUGAUAAGCCUAAUCCAGGUCCUAGCUCGAACCCAUUUUUGCGAAACCCGAACCCGCCCAGAAUGAGACUCGUCAAGGCAAGGGCAGAUAAUGUGACAAGCAGUAACAGUGGAUGUAAUACGGGUCGGAGCCCGAUGCGCAGACCAGUCAAUACUGGGGAAUCGGGUCGAGGAGUUUCGGUGGAUAGUCCGAGAAUGAACUCGUCGGGUAAGGUAGUGUUUCAAAGCUUGGAGAGGAGUUCAAGCAGUCCAAGUAGCUUCAAUGGAGGACCAAGAUUCAAACACAAAGGCAUGGAGAGGUCUUAUUCAGCUAAUGUGAGGGUCACUCCGAUUCUCAACGUUCCAGUUUGUACACUUCGUGGGUCUUCCAAGUCUGGAUCGGUUUUCGGGUUCGGACAGUUGUUCUCUUCUUCACCACAGAAGAGAGAAGGCAAUGUAGGAGGAGGUAGGAACCGCAACCAGUGAGAAACUUAACAGAGUAACACAGUUUAGUGCUAUUUUUUCAGUUGAAUUUUGUUUUAAUUUCCUGUUAAUGGGGCUUUUUUGGUCAAAAUCUCAAGAGGAACAAGAAAAAGUUGUUCAUAUGUAUAUAUUUUGAUUUUGAUUUUGCUUACCCUGUUAGUGAAAGAGCUAAUUCAUCUUC